AUGGAUGGAAAACGCAGGAGGAACCAGCUGAGAGUGACCCUCACUGUGGUGUUUGCCAGGGGGGUCCUGUGUCACCCGUGUCCCCCGUGUCCCCCCUGGCCCCUCAGGUGGCUGAAGGGGCAGCAGGAGGACAAGCAGGACACGGACGUCCACUACCACUCGCUCACCGGGGAGGGCAACUUCAACUGGAGGUACAUCUUCCCCUUCGACUACCUGAUGGCCGAGGAGAAGAUCGUCAUCUCCAAGAAGGAGUCCAUGUUCUCCUGGGACGAGACCGAGUACAAGAUCCCGGCCCGGCUCACCCUGCAGGUCUGGGACGCCGACCACUUCUCGGCCGACGACUUCCUGGGGGCCAUCGAGCUGGACCUGAACCGCUUCCCCCGGGGGGCCAAGACGUCCAAGCAGUGCAGCCUGGAGAUGGUGACCAAGGAGGCCGAGCUGCCCAUGAUCUCCAUCUUCAAGCAGAAGCGGGUGAAGGGCUGGUGGCCCUUCGUGGCCAGGGACGAGAACGACGAGCUGGAGAUCACGGGCAAAGUGGAGGCCGAGCUGCACCUCCUGACGGCCGAGGAGGCCGAGAAAUCCCCCGCCGGGCUGGCUCGGAACGAGCCCGACCCCCUGGAGAAACCCAACCGCCCGGACACGUCCUUCAUCUGGUUCCUGAACCCGCUCAAGUCCAUCAAAUACCUCAUCUGCACGCGCUACAAGUGGCUCAUCAUCAAGAUCGUGCUGGCCCUGCUGCUCCUCGUCAUGGUGGCCCUGUUCCUCUACAGCAUGCCGGGCUACAUGGUCAAGAAGCUGCUGGGGGCCUGAAGGAC